UAGGAGAGGAAAGCAAUGGGAAAUUCACUGGGCUGUGUUAAGGAGCCAAGAAAGUCCGUAGCUAUUCCCGAGAAGGCUCCUCUAUCUCCUAAGAAAAGGGUUCGGUUCAAAAGGAAGUGGAGGGGGAAGAAAACGCCUACUCCAGAGGCAUCCCCAGAGGAAGAACCCUCAGAAGGAGCGGGAGUCAUUGAAGAAACAGAAGCCCCGAGGAAGUUAAUAGUGAGUCUCCAGGAGGAGGAGGGAGUGGGAGGGGCAGAGCAUCCCCCGCCAGACAUUUCAGCGCCUGAGGACUCGGCCCCCAGCUCAGGAGCAGGCGAUCCAGGCAUGAUCCUGCAGGUGAAGGAGAGAUUCCAGGGGGAGAUCCAGACUGCCCACCUUUUGCUAGCGAAUGACUCAUCAGAUGCCGGAGGGGUCUGGGAUUCCCCGGAAGAGGGGAUGACUGUCAUCGCUCACCUGCUGGAUAACCCGGCAGAGAGGAACUGUGAGAAGUCGGUGAGCCAACUGGUGGAAUUUCCGAGGACGGCGUCCUGCAGCAGCCGGGCUGUGCUGCUGCCUUUGCAGGGAGAGGCUGCCGUGGAGACAGCAGACACCGCGCUUGGAUGUCAGAGCAGCACCGUCCCCAGCAGCACAGGAAAUGGAGACCAGCUUCCAGAGGGCUGGAGUGUACGGGGAGGACCCAGGGGUAUUUUAAGUGCCUCCGAGACAGGUUCCUGGGUUGCAGAGCAUUCUGUCCCUCCAUCACUGUCGGGGCAGUCGAGGGGCCACAGAGGCGCAGAGCCUGCCCACAUGGGUCAAGUGCCCCACCAGGGUCCCAGACUGCCUGCUUCUCAGAGUGAUCUGUCCAUCAGUGGCAAGACUGGGAGCAUCCUGCCCUCCUCUGGCUAUGGCAGCAGUGGGCCGCACUUAGGUGGCAUUCGGCCUAAAGAUCCAGAACCGGAAAAGAGCCCCGUGUCGUUCUCAGAAGAGGACGGCACCCUUUCUUUGGAGGCAAGCCACACCCCAUCGUGGGGUCUGGAGGAGAUCUCUGACAUCUACAUUAGUGGAGAGUCCGGGGACAUGUCAGCCAAGGAGAAGCUGCUCCUAUGGACCCAGAAGGUGACAGCUGGUUACACAGGAAUCAAGUGCACCAACUUUUCCUCCUGCUGGAGUGACGGGAAGAUGUUCAACGCACUUAUUCACCGAUACAGGCCUGAUCUGGUGGACAUGGAGAGGGUACAGAUCCAGAGUAACCGCGAGAACCUGGAGCAGGCUUUCGAAGUGGCAGAAAGACUGGGCGUCACCCGGCUACUGGAUGCCGAAGAUGUGGAUGUGCCAUCUCCAGAUGAAAAGUCUGUAAUCACUUAUGUGUCUUCGAUUUAUGAUGCCUUCCCUAAAGUCCCUGAGGGUGGAGAAGGGAUCAGUGCUACGGAAGUAGACUCCAGGUGGCAAGAAUACCAAAGUCGAGUGGACUCCCUCAUUCCCUGGAUCAAACAGCAUACAAUAUUGAUGUCAGAUAAAUCUUUCCCCCAGAACCCUGUUGAACUAAAGGCACUUUAUAACCAGUAUAUACACUUCAAAGAAACAGAAAUUCUGGCCAAGGAGAGAGAAAAGGCAAGAAUUGAGGAAUUGUAUAAGUUAUUGGAGGUGUGGAUUGAAUUUGGCCGAAUUAAACUGCCUCAAGGAUAUCACCCUAAUGAUGUAGAAGAAGAGUGGGGAAAGCUCAUCAUCGAGAUGCUAGAGCGAGAGAAAUCACUUCGGCCAGCCGUGGAGAGGCUGGAAUUGCUGCUGCAAAUUGCAAACAAAAUCCAGAAUGGUGCUUUGAACUGUGAAGAAAAACUGACACUAGCUAAGAAUACACUGCAGGCUGACGCUGCUCACCUGGAGUCAGGACAACCAGUGCAGUGCGAGUCGGACGUCAUCAUGUACAUUCAGGAAUGCGAAGGUCUCAUCAGGCAGCUGCAAGUGGAUCUCCAGAUCCUCCGGGAUGAGAACUAUUACCAGCUAGAAGAACUGGCUUUUAGGGUUAUGCGUCUGCAGGACGAGCUGGUCACCUUGCGCCUAGAGUGCACAAACUUGUAUCGGAAGGGCCACUUCACUUCACUUGAAUUGGUUCCACCCUCCACGUUAACCACUACUCAUCUGAAGGCAGAACCCCUGACCAAGGGAACCCAUUCUUCUUCUACCUCCUGGUUCCGAAAGCCCAUGACUCGGGCUGAACUUGUGUCUAUCUCGUCCUCUGAAGAUGAAGGCAAUCUCCGAUUUGUGUAUGAGCUACUGUCUUGGGUAGAAGAAAUGCAGAUGAAACUGGAGCGAGCAGAGUGGGGCAGUGACCUGCCUAGUGUGGAGCUGCAGCUGGAGACGCAGCAGCACAUUCAUACGAGUGUGGAAGAGCUGGGCUCCAGUGUCAAAGAGGCCAGGUUGUAUGAGGGAAAAAUGUCUCAGAAUUUUCAUACUAGUUAUGUUGAAACUCUUGGAAAACUGGAGACGCAGUAUUGUAAAUUGAAGGAAACUUCUAGCUUCCGGAUGAGGCAUCUUCAAAGCCUACAUAAAUUCGUUUCCAGAGCUACAGCUGAGUUAAUUUGGUUGAAUGAGAAAGAAGAAGAGGAACUAGCAUAUGAUUGGAGUGACAACAAUCCUAAUAUCUCAGCCAAGAAAAAUUACUUCUCAGAGUUGACAAUGGAACUGGAGGAAAAACAGGAUGUGUUUCGAUCUCUACAAGAUACAGCAGAGCUGCUAUCGCUUGAGAACCACCCAGCCAAGCAGACUGUGGAGGCUUACAGUGCCGCUGUCCAGUCCCAGUUGCAGUGGAUGAAGCAGCUGUGCUUGUGUGUCGAGCAGCAUGUGAAAGAGAAUACUGCUUAUUUCCAGUUCUUCAGUGAUGCACGAGACCUGGAGUCAUUCUUGAGGAACCUCCAAGACUCCAUCAAACGGAAAUAUUCCUGUGACCACAAUACCAGCUUAUCCCGCCUGGAGGACUUGCUCCAGGACUCAAUGGCAAAGGAUGAAAAGGAACAGCUUAUACAGUCCAAGAGUUCUGUUGCCAGUCUUGUUGGGAGAUCAAAAACAAUUGUUCAGCUAAAGCCACGAAGUCCCGACCAUGUGCUAAAGAGCACCAUUUCUGUGAAGGCCAUCUGUGAUUACCGGCAGAUCGAGAUUACUAUUUGCAAGAAUGAUGAAUGUGUGUUGGAAGAUAACUCCCAGAGGACCAAAUGGAAAGUGAUCAGCCCCACAGGGAAUGAGGCCAUGGUGCCAUCUGUCUGCUUCCUCAUUCCUCCACCCAAUAAGGAUGCCAUUGAGAUGGCCAGCAGAGUGGAGCAGUCUUAUCAGAAGGUGAUGGCCCUUUGGCAUCAGCUACAUGUCAACACCAAAAGCCUUAUCUCCUGGAACUAUCUGAGGAAGGACCUCGACCUUGUAAAGACCUGGAACCUGGAAAAGCUUCGGUUGUCAACACCAGAGGAGUGCCACCAGGUUAUGAAGACCCUCCAGGCCCACUCUGAAGACUUCCUGCAAGAUAGCCGUGACUCCGUGCUCUUCUCCGUGGCGGACCGUCUGCAUCUGGAAGAGGAAGUGGAGGCUUGUAAAACCCACUUCCAGCACCUGAUGAAAUCCAUGGAGCACGAGGACAAAGAGGAAACUGUAGCCAAGAUGUACAUCUCAGAGCUGAAGAAUAUCCGGCUGCGCCUCGAAGAGUGUGAACAGAGGCUAGUCAAACGAAUUCAGACCCCAGCCAGCUCUGGGACUGACAAAGAUGCCCGGCAGGACAGUGCAUUAAGGAUUGCAGAGCAAGAGCAUACCCAGGAUGAUUUGCAACAACUGAGGUCAGACUUGGAUGCUGUCUCCAUGAAAUGCAACAGUUUUCUUCAUCAGUCCCCAUCUGGUUCAAGUGUUUCAACUCUGCACUCAGAACUCAAUCUGCUGGUAGAGAAAAUGGACCGUGUAUAUGGUCUCUCCACUGUCUAUCUGAAUAAGCUCAAGACAAUCGAUGUUUUAAUGCGUAACAUUCAGGAUGCUGAGCUCUUGGUCAAAGGUUAUGAGAUCAAGCUGAGUCAAGAAGAAGCAGUACCAGCAGAUCUCUCAGCUCUGGAGUCCCAUCGCUCUACAUUACGGCGCUGGCUUAGUGAUGUCAAGGACAAGAAUUCAGUGUUUUCAGUCCUGGAUGAGGAAAUUGCCAAGGCCAAGGUGGUGGCAGAGCAGCUGAAUCGUCUGACCCCAGAGCGAAGCCUGGAUUUGGAGCGCUAUCAGGAAAAAGGCUCCCAGCUACAGGAACGCUGGCACCGGGUGGUUGUGCAGCUUGAGACCCGCCAAUCUGAACUAGAAAGUAUCCAGGAAGUUCUGGGAGAUUACCGAGCCUGCCAUGGAAUGCUCAUCAAAUGGAUCGAGGAAACCACUGCCCAGCAGGAGAGGAUGAAGCCAGGCCAGGCAGAGGACAGCAGAGUGCUGUCGGAGCAGCUCAGCCAGCAGACGGAUCUGUUUGCAGAAAUUGAGAGAAAUCAGACAAAACUGGACCAGUGUCAAAAACUUUCCCAGCAGUACUCCACGGUUGUAAAGGACUACGAAUUGCAACUGAUGACAUAUAAGGCCUUUGUGGAAUCCCAGCAGAAAUCCCCUGGCAAGCGUCGUCGCAUGCUUUCUUCUUCGGAUGCCAUCACACAAGAGUUCAUGGACUUAAGGACUCGCUAUACAGCAUUGGUGACUUUAACAACUCAGCACGUAAAAUAUAUCAGUGAUGCGCUCCAGCGGCUGGAAGAGGAGGAGAAAGUGGUAGAAGAGGAAAAACAGGAACACGUGGAGAAGGUGAAGGAACUUUUGGGUUGGGUGUCUACCCUAGCAAGGAAUACACAAAGCAAUGCUACCUCAUCCCAGACCAAAGAAUUGACAGACAUUGAAAAAGCUAUUUUAGAACAGCAGGUUCUGGCAGAGGAGCUGACAACCAAGAGAGAACAAGUUUCUGAGGCCAUUAAAACUUCACAGAUCUUCUUGGCCAAGCAUGGUCAUAAGCUCUCAGAAAAAGAGAAGGAACAGAUAUCUGAGCAAUUGAAUGCCCUGAAUAAGGCUUACCAUGACCUGUGUGAUGGUUCAGCAAACCAGCUUCACCAACUUCAGAGCCAGUUGGCUCAGCAGACAGAGCAAAAGGGUUGCAGAGCAGUUGCUGGGGUGAUUGACCUAGGCACGGUGGAGAUAUUUCCCAUCUUCAGAGCCAUGCAAAAGGGCCUCAUUGACCAGGACACAGGCCUGGUGCUCCUGGAAUCACAGGUUAUCAUGUCUGGCCUCAUUGCCCCUGAGACCGGUGAAAAGCUCUCUCUGGAGGAGGGCCUGGCCAGAAACCUCAUUAAUCACCAGAUGUACCAGCAGCUUCAGGAGCUGCAGGAUACACUGUCCUUAAUAAGCAGGCUUAGUGAGAGCAAGGGCCCUCUUUCUGUAGUGGAAGCAAUUGAGAAGAAAAUUAUCAGUGAGAGAGUUGGACUGAAAAUCUUAGAAGCUCACCUGGCAACCGGAGGCUUCAGUCUCCCCCUUCAUGAGAACUUUAUUAACCUAGAGGAGGCUUUUCAUCAAGGCCUCAUUUCUGAAUGGCUUCGUUCAGAGUUAGAGUCCCACCUGAGAUCAUCCAAGAAUUUGAUAGACCCCAACACAGCUGAGAAAGUUGGUUUGCUGGAUUUGAUGCAGAGAUGCAUUGUCCACCAAGAAUCAGGGUUGAAAUUGCUGCCUGUCAAGCAAUUGGCAGGAGGAAUGGUGAGCUUGAAAUCAGGCCGGAAGGUUAGUAUUUUCCGUGCAGUUCAGGAAGGCCUAAUAGAUAGGCAGGUCACUGUCCGGCUGCUAGAAGCUCAGCUUUUUGCUGGUGGCAUAGUAGACCCAAGAACAGGACACAGACUUACAGUGGAAGAGGCUGUAAGACAUAAUUUGAUUGACCAAGAUAUGGCCUGUGCUAUUCUCAUAAGGCAGCUUCAGACAGGAGGUAUCAUAGACACUGUCACGGGGCGUAGGCUGACACUAGAUGAAGCAGUGAGCAAUGAUCUAGUAGCUGCUAAGAUUGCUCUCGUGAUUCUGGAGUCCCUUUGGUCAUUCAUGGGGUUGCUAUGGCCUGAAUCUGGAGAGAUCCUCCCAAUUACAGACGCCCUGGAACAAGGUAUUGUGUCUACUGAGCUGGCUCAUAAAAUUCUUAGUGGACGACAGCAUAUUAAAGCUCUAUUUCUACCAGCAACCACAGAGAUUUGGUCCUGGAAAAAAGCAAUAGAAAAUGGUGUAUUGGACAAAGAUCUUGCCAAUAACUUAAAAUCAAUUUGCAUACCUGAUGUGAUGCCCCACAUGCAAUUAGCAGAUUCUUCAGAACAAAGCAAAUUGAACAUUAAUCCUGGAGCAUCAGGUCUGCCGUGCAGCAAGGACCAAACUGAGGGCAUGGCAAGCCACAGCGAUACACUGUUGUUCCAACUGAUGACUCACAGCUACAUUAAUGUGCGGAAUGGACAAAGGCUGCUCCUGCUAGACAAUGAACUGAUAGAAACACUAACAACAAAAGGUGAAUAUCAAGCAAAUCCUCUAGAAAUGUUUGGAAUUGGACAUCAGAAACCAGAAACUUCCAAAGAAUUAGAAGAAUCAGUGAAUGUGGAAAUAACAGAAACUUUCUGUGAUAGGCCGACUGUGCAGUCACAUGAAUUCCACUCUUUUCAGAACAAAGAAUAUCCCAAUCAAACAAUUUGCAUGGAAGCAGAAGGCAAAAAGACCAUCACAGUAACAGAAGAUUCUCCUACAGAGAACCCUGAAAAAGACCUAUCUGUAGGAGGAAAAAAAGUGAGAAAUCCAAAUAUUGAUACUUUGAAGGUCAGAGGUCAAGUUAAAUCAGAGUUAAAAUGGCAAUUAGAAGGUACCAAAAAGGAAGAUCUAACAGAAGUGUCUACCAGAGAAAAUAUCAGCCGAGGAUUUCUCCUUAUAGUACCCUCUGAGGAAACAAAAGAGGUGACCUUAGUGGUAGAAAAAGAUCCUGUUUCUAUUGAAACACCAGAUGAAGAAUGGCAGAUUCUCAGAGAUGCUUCCUUUAUAUGUCAGAAAAAACAAACAAACCUACUUGAAAUUGAACAUAUUCCAGGUAAAAAUAGAAGACCUCUCAUAAAAUCCCAAAGCAAUAAGUCACAAUUUCAGGUAGAGAAAACUCUAGAUUUAGACUCAGAACUCAAGUCUGAAAAUGACUUAAAUGUUCAUUCUCCGGACAAGAGAAGUAAUGAUGACCAUAAACAAAGUCCAGAAGAACAAACCAUUAUAGGCGGUAGUAUGAUGAUGUUAGAAAAAACAGAUGAGGCAGAUCAUGGUAGUGAAACUUCCUUGUCAUGCAGUCCUCCUUCAGAAUUGCUUGAAGAAGCUACCUUAAACAAAUUAUCUACACAAUUACUAGAUGGUGGUAUCUUGCAUGAACAAACAGGUCAACAGCUGUUACUGAAUGAAGCAAUAGCCAGAGGCAUUGUGCCCAGUCACACUGCUGUGAAACUUAUGGGAAAGCUGAACAUGUUUCGGGGCUUCUUUGACUCUCAGACUUGCGAAUCUUUGACAACUGAAGAAGUCAUUGAUGAAGGUCUGAUGGAUGAGAAAUUACUACAGAAUGUCCUCAUGGCAGACAAAGCUAUUAGUGGUGUCUUAGACCCCCGUACCCACACACUCUGCUCUGUGAAGGAAGCAGUUGCAAUUGGACUUCUUGACACACAAACAGCCACCAGAAUAUUAGAGGGGCAGGUGGUGACUGGUGGAAUCAUUGACCUGAAACGAGGCAAAAAGGUUUCGGUGACUUUGGCCUUAAAUCUUGGCUUGGUGGACAGUGCUGACCAGAAUGAACUUAUAAAUUUGGAAAAAGCUUCCAAAGGCAAAGAUGCUGAAAAAACAGUAAGGGAGAGAUUAAUUAGCUUACAAAUGGAAACAACUGGAAUUAUGGACCCCGAUAGCAAGGCCCCUAUAACAGUUAUGCAGUCCAUCAACAGAGGACUUUUGGAGAGAGAGGAGGCCAUUCAGUUAUUGACUAAACAGGUGGUAGAUGGAGGAAUCAUUCACCAUAAAUCUGGGAUGAGACUUUCUGUUGAUAAUGCCUUUAAACAUGGCAUCAUAGAUGAAGAUUUAGCCGAGCAACUCAAAAAAGUUGAGAACUUAAGCUUCCAUCAGUUUUCUCAUCCUGAAACAAAGGAAACUAUUUCCCUCCCUAAAGCUAUAAAAUUAGAUCUUGUUACCCCAGACUUAAAAGGAGAAAUUCAAGAAAUUCAGGCAUUGACUGGAAGCUUUGUAGAUCUCAUUUCUGGCCAAGGAUUGACGUUGGCAGAAGCUGAAAAAGAAGGACUGUUGACUAAUAAAGCAAUAUUGUCUUCAGGAUUGAUGCAUAGGAUUGUAGAUCCUGAGAAUCAUAGAAUUGUUCCCUAUUCAGAAUUAGUGAAGAAAUGUAAGAUUGAUAUUGAAUCUGGACAGAGAUAUCUAGAAGUAAUUCCUUUCUCAGACAUUAAAGAUGGAGUGAGUGACAAAGUUCUUACAUUGUCUCAAGCAACUCAGCUGGGAAAAGUAAACUUUUCAUCAACACUGAAGGUUCUGGAAGCUCAGGCAAAUACUGGGGGAAUCAUAGAUACUGCUACAGGACAAGGACUGACAUUGGCAUCAGUUCUGGAACAGAAAUUGGUGGAUGAAAACAUGGUCAGAAUUAUUGCGUCUCAUCAGGUACUAAAUGGAGGAAUCAUUGACAUAUUUAAUGAUCAAAGAGUUACUUUAAAGGAAGCUAUUGAGAAAAAAUUAAUUAGCCCUGAACUGGCAACUUUGAUCCAAAUAGAUACUUUAGAGUCCAGUGAUCAGGGGUCUCAGAUUGAAAAGCAAGAUGGAAUUGAAGUAUGUGAAUUGAAGGAAUUUCUAAGGAAGGAAACAUUAAUUGCUUGUAAUCAGACUGCAGAAAUGAGUUGUGGUAAAGAAGAAAGUGAAAAAUUAUUUCAAAUUGGAAGUCAGUCUGCACAAGAAAAAGUUAAAAGAGUUUCUGGUGAGGAGCAGGCAAAAAAGGACAGGGAAAUUUCAUUAAAAGAAUUCGAGUGUAAGAAUCAAGAUAAGAGGAGAGCUUCCUCAAACACCAAAGAGUCUGUCAGUAUUAUAAUUCCUAGUAAAGGCAAAUCAUUGGGCCAAGGUUCAGUGACAUGCCCUCGCUCAGAAGUUUGUGAUUCUAAACUCAAAGAGGUGGCUAGUACCAACAUGGAAAAAAAUAUAAAUGAAGAUCAGGAAAAAGUAGUGUCACAAAUAGAAUUUCUUUCUCCUAUGAAACAGUCUGCAUCAGAUUUAGAUCAUAAAGAAAUAAGGGAAAAACAAAGAGAAAUUAUUUCAGUAGCACACGAAUCAAAUUAUGAAACUUCAGGCAAAUUUCUGAGUGAGCAGCUUAUUCAGAAACCAACAAAUACUAAGGAGAAAAGGAAGAGAGAGAAGAAGGAGAUAUUUAGAGGAGACAGUGUCAAAACAUGCAAACCAGCAGUUCUUUCAGAAGAAAAGUUAGACCAAGAAACUGCCAUUAGAGGUGACCAUGACUCCAGUAUAAAGAGCCAACCAGUGGAAAUUGCCAUAAUUGAAAGAGUGAAAGAAUCCGAUAGAGAGGUGGGAUUUUCUAUUCUAUGUAAAGCUGAAGAAUCUUCUGCCCCAAUGGUAGCCAAAGGAGUUUCCAUAAGAAAUCAAGAUACUUCAACAUUUUUAAACUCUAAUCAGGUCAAUGAAAGAGAAGGAAAAAAUCUAAGCCUCUGCUUAACUGUAAAACCAAAAGAAAAUUUAUCACAAGAAAUUACAAUAGGGGCUCAGAGUGAAGCAUUCUCUUCUAUGACCCCAAGACCAUUGAACUACCAGGAAUCAGUUGGAAAAACCCAAAUUGCAAACGCAUCCCAAAUUUCCAAAACAGACAAGUCUUUUCAAGGAACCACCAGACAGGAGACCAACUAUGGUGAAGAUGCUUGUAUUACUUCUAAGACUAAGGAAACCAAAGAUCUGGUCUUGUUAUCUAAUGAACAGAAAACAAAAUCAUACCAAGAAGUACCUUUUGACUCAACAAAAGCUCUUAAAUUAGAAGGAAUUGUAGAUUCUAGAGUAGACCCAGAAGAAGUCAGAAAGGGUAGCAAAAGUGAUAGUGAAGUUUAUGGGAUUCUUGAAUCUAAAAUGGUAGCAACUAAGGAAAUAACUGGAGAGAAAUUUCUAGAAAUGUCAAACCCCAUAGUUACAGGUGCAGAAGCAGAAUCCUUUGAAGGUAUUGUGACUCAGGGAGUUCCCAGAGUCUUGGUGUCCCUUCCAGAGAAAUUGUUCAAAGAUGUAUCUCUAAAAGUGAAUAUAGAGCAACAGGGUGCCACCAUUAGUCCCACUAUUCCAGAGGCCAAUGAGGCAAAGACAGGGCCCCUCAUAUACUCUACAAUGAAGGCGGAUGAGGAGACACCACCAGAAAAGCUCAGAGAAAGUCCUGGAAGUGAACAAGCUCCCUUCCUAACUGCACCGAGGGGAAAGGGACAUGAAGGUGUAAACACGGAGCCCUCCAGAGCCACUAAAAAUAUAUUUAACCGGCGACUCUGUCUAGAGCAUGAUGAGAAGCUGGUAUCCUAUCUGUCUGUAUUACGAGACAUUGAAAUGAGGACCAAACAGAUUCAACCUGUGGAGCGGAGCCUGGCAGAGCUACAGGAUCUGCGAUGUCAGGCCAAGGUGUUAGACAAGGAGCUAAAGGAUCUGUCCGCCUUGGUGAGCCAGGAAUUGGAGUGUGUAAGUCAGAUUAUCAUUAGCCAGCCUGAGGAAGUCCCUGCUCAACUGUUGAAGGCUCUAGAGAAGGAUGCCAAGAAUCUCCAGAAGUCCCUCAUCUCUGUGAGUGACAGCUGGAGUUCCAGACUACUCCAGCUCCAGAAUGCUGUGGAAGUAAAAAAGACUAGAGUGUUAAAUCAGCACAAACAGCUAGAAGGCGAACUUCAAAAUCUGAGAGCCUGGGUUGGCGAUACCAUUCUCAUUCUGAAAAGCAAGGAGUGUAGCAGUGAAGCAGAUGCUGACAGCCUGAAUCAGUGUCUCCAACAAUGUGAGGAUUUGAAACAGCCCAUGGCUGAAAGGAAAUCUCAGCUGGAUGCUCUCGCUUUUGAUAUUCAGUUCUUUCUCUCCGAGCAUGCCCAGGACUUGUCCCCUCAGCAGAACCGGCGGAUGCUGCGGCUUCUGAAUGAACUGCAGAGGUCUUUCCAGGACCUCGUGGCACACACUGCAGCUCAGAUGAAUGCCUUGCAGGGUCAUCGUCAACAAGUGGAGCAGGCAGCCCUGGUCAAGACCUUGCAGAAACAACAAAAUACUUGUCAUGAGAAACUGGAGGAUCUUUGCAGCUGGGUAGGACAGGCAGAAAGAGCAUUGGUUGGCCAUCAAGGUAGAGCCUCCCAGCAGGAUCUUUCUGCUUUGCAGAAGAACCAAAGUGACUUGAAGGAUUUACAGGACGACAUUCAGAAUCGCGCCGCCUCAUUUGCCAGCGUUGUCAAAGACAUCGAAGGGUUCCUGGAAGAGAACCAGACCAAGCUGAGCCCCCAGGAGGUGACAGCUCUUCGGGAAAAACUUCAUCAGGCGAAGGAGCAAUAUGAGGCUCUUCAGGCACGGACGCGGGUGGCCCAGAAGGAGCUGGAGGAAGUAGUGACCUCAGCCUUACAGCAGGAGACUGAAAAGAGUAAAGCUGCAAAGGAACUGGCAGAGAACAGGAGUAAGAUUGAUGCUCUCUUGGAUUGGGUGGCUUCAGUGGGAUCACCUGGUGGACGGAUGGAGCAGCUGUCAGGAGCUAGCCUGGAGAAAGGAGCCUUGGAUACCACCGAUGGUCACAUGGGAGUGCACCACGCCUCAGAGAGACUGGACAAGCAGUAUGAGAAGAUGAAGGCCCAUCACCAAGAAUUGCUAUCUCAGCAACAAAAUUUCAUCCUGGCCACCCAGUCAGCUCAGGCCUUCCUGGACCAGCAUGGCCACAAUCUCACACCUGAGGAACGGCAGACGCUGCAGGAGAAGCUAGGAGAGCUAAAGGAACAGUAUGCAACUUCCCUGGCCCAGUCAGAGGCAGGGCUGAAGCAGGUGCAGACACUGCGGGAUGAGCUGCAGAAGUUUCUGCAGGACCAUAGAGAGUUUGAAAACUGGCUCGAACGGUCUGAGAAAGAGCUGGAGAGCAUGCACGAGGGAGGCAGCAGCCCCGAAGCCCUUCCCGCCCUGCUGAAGCGGCAGGGGAGCUUCUCGGAGGAUGUAAUUUCCCACAAAGGAGACUUGAGGUUUGUGACUAUCUCAGGACAGAAAGUGUUGGACACUGAAAAGAGCCUGGAGGAAGACAGAGAGCCAUCAGCAGCUGGAACCUUAGUAAAGGACAAGCUGAAGGAUGCAACAGAGAGAUACACUGCUCUCCAUUCAAAGUGUACACGAUUGGGCUCUCACCUGAACAUGCUGCUAGGCCAUUACCAGCAGUUCCAGAGCAGCGCUGACAGCCUGCAGGCCUGGAUGCAGGCCUGUGAGGUCAAAGUGGAAAAGCUCCUCUCAGAUACUGUGGCCUCUGACCCUGGGGUCCUGCAACAGCAGCUUGCAACAACAAAGCAGUUGCAGGAGGAAUUGGCUGAGCACCAAGUACCUGUAGAAAAACUUCAAAAAGUAGCUUGUGACCUCAUGGAAAUUAAAGAGAAACCAGCCCCAGACCACAAGCGUGUUCAAGAAACUACAGAUUCCAUACUUAGCCGUUUCCAGAGCCUCUCCUCUAGCCUGGCUGAGCGCUCUGCUCUGCUGCAGAAGGCAAUUGCCCAGUCGCAGAGUGUGCAGGAAAGCCUGGACAGCUUGUUGCAGUCCAUCAUGGAAGUUGAAAAAAGCCUGGAAAAGGAACAGGUGGCAUCCCUGACAUCAGGAGUCAUCCAAGAAGCCCUGGCCACUAAUAUGAAAUUGAAGCAGGACAUUGCUCGGCAAAAGAGCAGCUUGGAGGCCACUCGUGAGAUGGUAACCCGGUUCAUGGAGACGGCAGACAGCAGCACAGCAGCAGGGCUGCAGGGCAAACUGGCGGAGGUGAACCAGCGCUUCCAGCAGCUCUGUCUGCAGCAGCAAGAAAAGGAGAGCUCCCUAAAGAAGCUCCUGCCUCAGGCAGAGAUGUUCGAACAUCUCUCGGAAAAGCUGCAGCAAUUCAUGGAAAACAAAAGUCGGAUGCUGGCCUCCGGAAAUCAGCCAGAUCACGAUAUUGCACAUUUCUUCCAGCAGAUCCAGGAGCUCAAUUCAGAAAUGGAAGACCAACAAGAUAACCUUGCUACUCUUGAGCAUCUGGUCACUGAACUGAGCUCCUGUGGCUUUGCACUAGACCUGUCUCAACACCAGGACAGGAUACGGAACCUCAAAAAGGACUUCACAGAGCUACAGAAGAUAGUUAAAGAAAGAGAGGAAGAUGCAUCAACUUGCCAGGAACAAUUGGAUGAAUUCCGGAAGCUAGUUGGGACCUUCCAGAAAUGGUUAAAGGAAACUGAAGGAAAUAUACCACCUGCAGAGACUUUCAUGAGUACUAAAGAGCUGGAAAAGCAGAUUGAACACCUGAAGGGUCUCUUAGAUGACUGGGAAAGUAAGGGAACUUUGGUAGAAGAAAUCAAUUGCAAAGGCACUUCUUUAGAAAAUCUCAUCAUGGAGAUCACAGCACCUGAUUCCCAAACCAAAACAGGUUCCAUAUUGCCCUCUGUAGGAAGCUCUGUAGGCAGUGUAAACGGAUACCAUACCUGCAAAGAUCUGACUGAGAUUCAAUGUGACAUGUCAGAUGUAAACGUGAAAUAUGAGAAACUUGGGGGAGUACUUCGGGAACACCAGGAAAACCUUCAAGCUGUCCUCAGCAGAAUGCAGGAAGUUCACAAAGAGGCAAGCUCAGCGCUGCAGUGGUUGGAAUCAAAAGAGGAAGUCCUAAAAGCCAUGGAUGCCUCUUCAUCUCCAACCAAGACAGAAACAGUGAGAGCCCAAGCUGAAUCUAACAAGGCCUUCCUGGCUGAAUUAGAACAGAAUUCUCCAAAAAUCCAAAAAGUAAAGGAAGCCCUGGCUGGAUUGCUGUUAACAUAUCCCAACUCACAAGAAGCAGAGAACUGGAAAAAAAUGCAGGAAGAGCUCAAUUCCCGGUGGGCCAGGGCCACAGAAGUGACAAUGGCUCGGCAAAGGCAGCUAGAGGAAUCUGCAAGUCAUCUGGCCUGCUUCCAGGCCGCAGAAGCCCAGCUCCGGCCCUGGCUGAUGGAGAAAGAACUGAUGAUGGGAGUGCUGGGGCCCUUGUCUAUUGACCCCAACAUGCUGAAUGCACAAAAGCAGCAGGUCCAGUUUAUGCUAAAGGAAUUUGAAACACGCAGGCAACAGCAUGAGCAGCUGAACGAGGCAGCUCAGGGCAUCCUGACAGGCCCUGGAGAUGUCUCUCCAUCCACCAGCCAAGUACAGAAGGAACUCCAGAACAUCAAUCAGAAGUGGAUUGAACUGACUGACAAACUCAAUUCCCGUUCCAACCAAAUUGACCAAGCUAUUGUCAAAAGCACCCAGUACCAGAAACUGCUCCAGGACUUAUCAGAGAAGGUGAAGGCAGUCGGACAGCGACUGAGUAGCCAGCCAGCCAUCAGCACUCAACCUGAGGCUGUGAAGCAGCAAUUGGAGGAGACCAGUGAGAUUCGGUCUGACCUGGAGCAAUUAGACCACGAGAUUAAGGAGGCACAGACACUCUGCAAUGAACUCUCAGUGCUCAUUGGUGAGCAGUACCUCAAGGAUGAGCUGAAGAAGCGUUUGGAGACAGUUGCCCUGCCUCUCCAAGGUUUAGAAGACCUGGCAGCUGAUCGGAUGAACAGGCUCCAGGCAGCUCUUGCCAGCACUCAGCAGUUCCAGCAAAUGUUUGAUGAGCUUAGAACCUGGUUGAAUGACAAACAAAGCCAGCAAGCAAAAAACUGCCCAGUUUCUGCAAAAUUGGAGCGACUCCAGUCUCAGCUACAGGAGAAUGAAGAGUUUCAGAAGAGUCUUAACCAACACAGUGGUUCCUAUGAGGUGAUUGUGGCUGAAGGAGAAUCUCUGCUUCUCUCUGUACCCCCUGGAGAAGAGAAAAAGACUUUACAGAACCAGCUGGUGGAGCUCAAAAGCCAUUGGGAAGAGCUUAGUAAAAAAACUUCAGACAGACAGUCCAGGCUCAAGGACUGUAUGCAGAAAGCUCAGAAAUAUCAGUGGCACGUGAAAGACCUCAUGCCGUGGAUAGAAGAUUGUAAGGCCAAGAUGUCUGAUUUGCAGGUCACUCUGGAUCCAGUGCAACUGGAGUCCAGUCUCCUGAGAUCGAAGGCCAUGCUGAGUGAGGUGGAAAAGCGCCGCUCCCUGCUGGAAAUAUUGAACAAUGCCGCGGACAUUCUGAUCAAUUCUUCAGAAACGGAUGAGGAUGAGAUCCGGGAUGAGAAGGCUGGGAUCAACCAGAACGUGGAUUCCCUAACAGAAGAGCUACAGGCCAAAACAGGGUCACUUGAAGAAAUGACUCAGAGACUCAAGGAGUUCCAGGAAAGCUUUAAGAAUAUUGAAAAGAAGGUUGAAGGGGCCAAACACCAACUUGAGAUCUUUGAUGCUUUAGGUUCUCAAGCCUGUAGCAACAAGAACCUGGAGAAGCUCAGAGCCCAGCAGGAAGUGCUGCAGGCCUUGGAGCCUCAGGUGGACUAUCUGAGGAACUUCACGCGGGGCCUGGUGGAAGAUGCCCCGGAUGGAUCUGAUGCUUCCCAACUUCUACUUCAAGCCGAGGCCACCCAGCAAGGGUUCCUAGAGGUGAAGCAAAGAGUGAACAGUAGUUGCAUGGCAAUGGAAAACAAGCUGGAAGGGAUCGGCCAGUUUCACUGCCGAGUCCGAGAGAUGUUUUCUCAAUUGGCAGACCUGGACGAUGAGCUGGAUGGCAUGGGUGCUAUCGGCAGAGACACUGACAGCCUCCAGUCUCAAAUUGAGGAUGUACGACUGUUUAUUAACAAGAUCCAAGCUCUCAAGUUAGACAUAGAGGCUUCUGAAGCAGAGUGCCGACAAAUGCUGGAGGAAGAGGGGACACUGGACUUGUUAGGUCUUAAGAGGGAGCUUGAAGCCCUGAACAAACAGUGUGGCAAACUGACAGAGAGGAGCAAAGCGCGUCAGGAGCAGCUGGAGCUGACGCUGGGCCGCGUGGAGGACUUCUACAGGACGCUGAAGGUGCUCAACGACAUGACCACCGCGGCAGAGGAGGGGGAGGCCCUCCAGUGGAUCGUGGGGACCGAAGUGGACAUCAUCAACCAACAGCUAGCAGCCUUUAAAAUGUUUCAGAAAGAACAGGUGGAUCCUCUUCAGAUGAAAUUACAGCAGGUGAAUGGACUUGGCCAGGGAUUGAUUCAGAGUGCUGGGAAAAACUGUGAUGUGCAGGGUUUGGAACAUGACAUGGAAGAGAUCAAUGUUCGAUGGAACACACUGAAUAAAAAGGUUGCACAAAGAAUUGCACAACUACAGGAGGCUUUGUUGCAUUGUGGGAAGUUUCAAGAUGCCUUGGAGCCAUUGCUCAGCUGGUUGGCAGACACUGAGGAGCUCAUAGCCAAUCAGAAACCUCCAUCUGCUGAGUAUAAAGUGGUGAAAGCACAGAUCCAAGAACAGAAGUUGCUUCAGCGACUCCUAGAUGAUCGAAAGGCCACAGUAGACAUGCUUCAAGCAGAAGGAGGUAGAAUUGCCCAGUCAGCUGAGCUGGCUGACAGAGAGAAAAUCACUGGACAGUUGGAGAAUCUGGAACGUAGAUGGACUGGACUACUCAGCAAGGCAGCAGCCAGGCAUAAACAGCUGGAAGAUAUCCUGGUUCUGGCCAAACAGUUUCAUGAGACAGCUGAGCCUAUUUCUGACUUCUUAACUGUCACAGAGAAAAAGCUUGCUAACUCAGAACCUGUUGGCACUCAGACUGCCAAAAUACAGCAGCAGAUCAUUCGCCACAAGGCUCUGGAGGAGGAAAUAGAAAGCCAUUCCACAGAUGUGCAGCAGGCAGUCAAAAUCGGGCAGUCCCUCUCCUCCCUGACAUGGUCUGCAGAACAGAGUGUGCUCUCAGAAAAGCUAGACUCAUUGCGGGCCCGGUACAGUGAGAUUCAAGACCGGUGCUGUCGGAAAGCAGCCCUGCUUGAACAAGCACUGUUUAACGCUAGGCUGUUCGGGGAGGAUGAGGUGGAGGUGCUCAACUGGCUGGCUGAGGUUGAGGACAAGCUCAGUUCAGUGUUCGUAAAGGAUUACAGACAGGAUGUCCUGCAGAAACAGCAUGCUGACCACCUGGCUUUAAAUGAAGAAAUUAUUAAUAGAAAGAAGAAUGUAGAUCAAGCUAUUAAAAAUGGUCAGGCUCUUCUAAAACAAACCACAGGUGAAGAGGUUUUGCUUAUCCAAGAGAAACUAGAUGGAAUAAAGACUCGCUAUGCAGACAUCACAGUCACUAGCUCCAAGGCCCUCAGAACUUUAGAGCAAGCCCGGCAGCUGGCCACCAAGUUCCAGUCUACUUAUGAGGAACUGACUGGGUGGCUGAGGGAAGUGGAGGAGGAGCUGGCAGCCAGUGGAGGACAGUCUCCCACAGGGGAGCAAAUACCCCAGUUUCAGCAAAGACAGAAGGAAUUAAAGAAAGAGGUCAUGGAGCACAGGCUGGUGUUGGACACGGUGAAUGAGGUGAGCCGUGCGCUCUUAGAGCUGGUGCCCUGGAGAGCCAGAGAAGGGCUGGAUAAACUUGUGUCGGAUGCUAAUGAGCAGUACAAGCUGGUCAGCGACACUGUUGGACAAAGGGUAGAGGAGAUUGAUGCUGCUAUUCAGAGAUCACAACAGUAUGAGCAAGCUGCUGAUGCAGAACUAGCUUGGGUUGCUGAAACAAAACGGAAACUGAUGGCCCUUGGUCCAAUUCGUCUGGAACAGGACCAGACCACAGCACAACUGCAGGUACAGAAGGCUUUCUCCAUUGACAUCAUUCGACACAAAGAUUCAAUGGAUGAACUCUUCAGUCAUCGUGGUGAAAUCUUUGGCACAUGUGGAGAGGAGCAAAAAGCUGUAUUACAGGAAAAGACGGAGUCUCUAAUACAGCAAUAUGAAGCCAUAAGUCUGCUCAACUCAGAGCGUUAUGCCCGCCUUGAACGGGCACAAGUCUUGGUGAACCAGUUUUGGGAAACUUAUGAGGAGCUCAGCCCCUGGAUUGAGGAAACUCGGGUAUUGAUAGCACAAUUACCUCCUCCAGCUAUUGAUCAUGAGCAGCUCAGGCAACAGCAGGAGGAAAUGAGGCAACUAAGGGAAUCCAUUGCUGAACACAAACCACAUAUUGAUAAACUGCUAAAGAUAGGUCCUCAACUAAAGGAGUUAAAUCCUGAAGAGGGUGAAAUGGUGGGAGAAAAAUACCAGAAAGCAGAAAACACAUAUGCCCAAAUUAAAGAGGAGGUGCGCCAGCGGGCUCUGGCUCUGGACGAGGCUGUUUCCCAGUCAGCUCAGAUUACAGAGUUCCAUGAUAAAAUCGAGCCCAUGUUGGAGACUCUGGGGAACCUUUCCUCGCGCUUGCGUAUGCCACCACUGAUCCCUGCUGAAGUCGACAAGAUCAGAGAGUGCAUCAGUGACAAUAAGAGUGCCACCAUGGAGCUAGAAAAACUUCAGCCUUCCUUUGAAGCUCUGAAGCGCCGUGGAGAAGAGCUCAUUGGACGAUCUCAGGGAGCUGACAAGGAUCUGGCUGCAAAAGAAAUCCAGGACAAAUUGGAUCAAAUGGUAUUCUUCUGGGAGGACAUCAAAGCUCGGGCUGAAGAACGAGAAAUUAAGUUCCUUGAUGUCCUAGAACUAGCGGAAAAGUUUUGGUAUGACAUGGCAGCUCUCCUUACCACCAUCAAAGACACUCAGGACAUCGUCCAUGACUUGGAAAGCCCAGGCAUUGACCCAUCCAUCAUCAAGCAACAGGUUGAAGCUGCUGAGACUAUUAAGGAAGAGACAGAUGGUCUUCAUGAGGAAUUGGAGUUUAUUCGAAUCCUUGGAGCAGAUUUGAUUUUUGCCUGUGGAGAAACUGAGAAGCCCGAAGUGAAGAAGAGCAUUGACGAGAUGAAUAAUGCCUGGGAGAACUUAAACAAAACAUGGAGAGAACGGCUAGAAAAGCUCGAGGAUGCCAUGCAAGCUGCUGUGCAGUAUCAGGACACUCUUCAGGCUAUGUUUGACUGGCUAGAUAACACCGUGAUUAAACUCUGCACCAUGCCCCCUGUCGGCACUGACCUCAACACCGUUAAAGAUCAGUUAAAUGAAAUGAAGGAGUUCAAGGUGGAAGUUUACCAACAGCAAAUUGAGAUGGAGAAGCUCAAUCACCAGGGUGAACUGAUGUUAAAGAAAGCUACUGAUGAAACAGACAGAGACAUUAUACGAGAACCAUUGACAGAACUCAAACAUCUCUGGGAGAACCUGGGUGAAAAGAUUGCCCAUAGACAGCAUAAGCUAGAAGGGGCUCUCUUGGCUCUUGGCCAAUUCCAACAUGCUUUAGAAGAACUAAUGAGUUGGCUGAUUCACACUGAAGAGUUGUUAGAUGCUCAGAGGCCAAUAAGUGGAGAUCCAAAAGUCAUUGAAGUUGAGCUAGCGAAGCACCAUGUUCUAAAAAAUGAUGUUUUGGCCCAUCAAGCCACAGUGGAAACAGUCAACAAAGCUGGCAAUGAACUUCUUGAAUCUAGUGCUGGAGAUGAUGCCAGCAGCUUAAGGAGCCGUUUGGAAACUAUGAACCAAUGCUGGGAGUCAGUGUUACAGAAAACAGAGGAGAGGGAGCAGCAGCUUCAGUCGACACUGCAGCAGGCCCAGGGUUUCCACAGUGAAAUUGAAGAUUUCCUUUUGGAACUGACUAGAAUGGAGACCCAGCUUUCUGCAUCCAAACCCACAGGUGGACUUCCUGAAACUGCUAGAGAACAGCUUGACACACACAUGGAACUCUAUUCCCAGCUCAAAGCCAAGGAAGAGACGUAUAAUCAACUGCUUGACAAGGGCAGGCUCAUGCUUCUAAGCCGUGAUGACUCUGGAUCUGGCUCAAAGACAGAACAGAGCGUUGCUCUCCUGGAACAGAAGUGGCAUGUGGUCAGCAGUAAGAUGGAAGAAAGAAAGUCAAAGCUAGAAGAGGCCCUCAACCUGGCAACAGAAUUCCAGAAUUCCCUGCAAGAAUUUAUCAACUGGCUCACACUAGCAGAGCAGAAUUUAAACAUCGCUUCUCCUCCAAGCCUGAUUCUAAACACAGUCCUUUCCCAGAUAGAGGAGCAUAAGGUUUUUGCUAAUGAAGUAAAUGCUCAUCGAGACCAGAUCAUUGAACUAGAUCAAACCGGAAAUCAGUUAAAGUUCCUUAGCCAAAAGCAGGACGUUGUUCUGAUCAAGAAUUUGUUGGUUAGCGUCCAGUCUCGGUGGGAGAAGAUUGUCCAGCGAUCUAUUGAAAGAGGGCGAUCACUAGAUGAUGCCAGGAAGCGGGCAAAACAAUUUCACGAAGCUUGGAAAAAACUCAUUGACUGGCUGGAAGAUGCAGAGAGUCACCUGGACUCAGAACUGGAGAUAUCCAAUGACCCAGACAAAAUUAAACUGCAGCUCUCUAAGCAUAAGGAGUUUCAGAAAACUCUUGGUGGCAAGCAGCCUGUGUAUGACACCACAAUUAGAACUGGCAGAGCCCUGAAAGAAAAGACUUUGCUUUCUGAUGAUACUCAGAAACUUGACAACUUACUGGGAGAAGUCAGAGACAAAUGGGAUACUGUGUGUGGCAAAUCUGUAGAGAGGCAGCACAAGUUGGAGGAGGCCCUGCUGUUUUCGGGCCAGUUCAUGGAUGCUUUGCAGGCCUUGGUCGACUGGCUGUACAAGGUGGAGCCACAGCUCGCCGAGGACCAGCCCGUGCACGGGGACCUCGACCUUGUCAUGAACCUCAUGGAUGCCCAUAAGGUUUUCCAGAAGGAACUGGGAAAGCGAACGGGAACUGUUCAGGUACUGAAGCGGUCCGGCCGAGAGCUGAUUGAAAAUAGUCGCGAUGACACCACAUGGGUAAAAGGGCAGCUCCAGGAACUGAGCACUCGCUGGGACACUGUGUGUAAGCUCUCCGUCUCCAAGCAAAGUCGACUUGAGCAGGCCUUAAAACAGGCGGAAGAGUUUCGGGACACAGUCCACAUGCUGUUGGAGUGGCUUUCUGAAGCAGAGCAGACACUUCGCUUUCGGGGAGCACUUCCCGAUGACACAGAGGCCCUGCAGUCUCUCAUUGACACCCAUAAGGAAUUCAUGAAGAAAGUGGAAGAGAAGCGAGUGGAUGUGAACACAGCGGUGGCGAUGGGAGAAGUCAUCCUGGCUGUCUGCCAUCCUGAUUGCAUCACUACCAUCAAACACUGGAUCACCAUCAUCCGGGCUCGCUUUGAGGAGGUCCUGACGUGGGCUAAGCAGCACCAGCAGCGUCUUGAAACGGCCCUAUCAGAACUGGUGGCUAAUGCUGAGCUCUUGGAAGAACUUCUGGUGUGGAUCCAGUGGGCUGAGACCACCCUCAUUCAGCGGGACCAGGAGCCAAUCCCUCAGAACAUUGACCGAGUUAAAGCCCUUAUCGCUGAGCAUCAGACAUUUAUGGAAGAGAUGACUCGCAAACAGCCUGACAUGGACCGGGUCACCAAGACAUACAAAAGGAAAAACGUGGAGCCUGCGCAUGGGCCCUUCAUGGAGAAGUCCCGCAGUGGCAGCAGGAAGUCCUUGAGUCAGCCAGCACCUCCUCCCAUGCCAAUUUUUUCACAAUCUGAAGCAAAAAACCCACGGAUCAACCAGCUCUCUGCCCGCUGGCAGCAGGUGUGGCUGUUAGCGCUGGAGCGUCAGCGGAAGCUAAAUGAUGCCUUGGACAGACUGGAGGAGUUGAAGGAAUUUGCCAAUUUUGACUUUGACGUCUGGAGGAAAAAGUAUAUGCGUUGGAUGAAUCACAAAAAGUCACGGGUGAUGGAUUUCUUCCGGCGAAUUGACAAAGACCAGGAUGGGAAGAUAACCCGUCAGGAGUUUAUCGAUGGCAUUCUAGCAUCAAAGUUCCCCACUACCAAGUUGGAGAUGACAGCUGUUGCUGACAUUUUUGACCGAGAUGGGGAUGGCUACAUUGAUUAUUAUGAAUUCGUGGCUGCUCUCCAUCCCAAUAAGGAUGCUUAUCGACCAACAACUGAUGCAGAUAAAAUUGAAGAUGAGGUCACAAGACAAGUGGCUCAGUGCAAAUGCGCUAAAAGGUUUCAGGUGGAGCAGAUUGGAGAGAAUAAAUACCGGUUCUUCCUCGGCAACCAGUUUGGAGACUCCCAGCAGCUGCGGCUGGUCCGCAUCCUGCGCAGCACAGUGAUGGUUCGCGUUGGUGGAGGAUGGAUGGCCCUGGAUGAAUUUCUAGUAAAAAAUGACCCCUGCCGAGUUCACCAUCCUGGGAGUAAAAUAAAGCGCUCUGAUUCCAGCUCUUCGAUUUCCAGUCAGUCUCCCAUAGCACGAGGUAGAACCAACAUUGAACUUAGAGAGAAAUUCAUCCUACCUGAGGGAGCAUCCCAGGGAAUGACCCCUUUCCGAUCUCGGGGUCGAAGAUCCAAGCCAUCUUCCCGGGCAGCUUCUCCCACCCGCUCCAGCUCCAGCGCUAGUCAGAGCAACCACAGCUGUGCGUCCAUGCCAUCUUCUCCCGCCACCCCGGCCAGUGGUGCCAAGACGCCACUUCAGUUCUCUCGCUGUUAUGACAAACCCUGGUUGGUAAACAGUAAAGCUGGCACCCCAGUCAGGGACAGCCAUUAUCCUGACCUCCAGCUGCUCAGCCCCGAGGUUAUCCCAUCAUCAGGCAGCAAGUUGAAACGGCCAACACCAGCUUUUCAUUCUAGUCGAACUUCCCUUGCUGGUGACACUAGCAAUAGUUCUUCCCCAGCCUCCACAGGUGCCAAAACUACCCGGGCAGACCCCAAAAAGUCAGCCAGUCGCCCUGGGAGCCGGGCCGGGAGUCGAGCCGGGAGUCGAGCCAGCAGCCGGAGAGGAAGCGAUGCCUCUGACUUUGACCUUUUAGAGACGCAGUCUGCUUGUUCGGAUACUUCAGAAAGCAGUGCGGCCGGUGGCCAGGGCGGCUCCCGGAGGGGCCUGAGCAAGCCGUCCAAAAUCCCAACCAUGUCCAAGAAGACCGCCACUGCCUCCCCUAGGACUCCGGGCCCCAAGCGAUAACACUAUCCGCACCCGAGCCUCUGUCCCCUCUGAAUCCUGCUCCAUACAUUCUUUGGGUGUAUAUUUAUUCUAACGGGAGAAGGUAUAUUGUUAAAAGUGUAAAAGAAUAAUUGUGUUAUGAAGCUGCCUUAUUUUUUUUUUCUUUUUGUAAGUUACUAUUUUCAUGUGAAUAUUUAUGUAGAUAAAAUUUGCCUCCUGGUAACCCUAUAAUGGAUGGGGCCCAGAAAUGAAAUAUUUGAGAAAAAACAAAUGAAAAGGUCAAGAUGAGAAUAUGUAUUUAAAAAAGAAAGAAAAAAAAGCCACUAAGGGUUUCUGUAUGUGCAGGGUUAUAAACCUGCUUUAUCUUUUAGGGUUAUUCCUAAAUGCAUCUUCUUUAUAAAUUUGACUUGCUGUCUCAGCAAGAUAAAUUAUAUUUAAAAAGUAACAAUCCUGCAGUGUUUAAGGAACUCUUUUUGUAAAUCACAGACACCUCAAUUAGAGCUGAGGGGAGGACACUUCUAAUUGCUUUUUUCAUUGUUUUUAAUGUGUGAUUUUAGCUGAAGAGGGAACCUCAUCUGGGUAACAUUUGCACAUGAUACAGCAAAAGAACUCCACUGCAAUACUGUCUCUGACACAUAGCUGCUAGAAUUCAGGGGUGAAUGUAACUAACUGAUCAGAAAACGUCAGAACGUCGGGAUUUUUAAUAGUCCUGGUUUGUAACUUAUUUCCAGCCCGGCCACCAGUAACUCCUGUGCUCACCGGGACACCCAGGCAUUCGGCAAGGGGAGAUUCCUUGGUGGCUUCUGAAAGAUCGAUUCGUUUAUCUGCACUUUUUGCUAUUUAUUUAAAUGGUCGAUCAACUUCCCACAGACUGAGGAAUGAAUUCCACAAGCCUAUUCUGAAAAUGUGGACAUAAAACACUUGCUCAUCCUUUAACGGAGCUCACCAGCACACUGUUAACAAGUCCCGUUUGCUUCCGUCUCUUUUUGUGUGUAAUAAAGUCAACUGACCAAGUGACCAUGAAGAGGAGCUGUCCGGGCUCCUUUUUAGCUGCUGUUCCUCUUCAGCUCCGACCACGUUGCUGUGUGAUUAUCUCAAUUGGUUUUAAUUGAGGCAGAAACUGAAGCUCUACCAAUGAACUGUUUAAAAACAAGACACUUUUGUAUUAAAAUUGCUUGCAGUAACUAACAUUUUAUAUUUCCUGAUUUUCUUUUCAACCAUUCCCUUAUAUAAUAUAUAACAUGUUACUCUGGGAUCUGAUUGUGUUUUCGGUACUUGAAUGCAUUAUUGGAAUCAAAAUGUCGUGAUGGAUAAAUUAUGGAGCUUAUUAAUAGAUUUUUUUUCUUGUUU